CUUGACCGAGCCCGAGUACAAGUACCGCGGCCGUUACGACUGAUGCUACUGGUGCAACAACACCAAGCACAAGACCUCUCUUUGCCAGGAUCAGGCCAAGGAGGAUGUGCGACCUCGGCUCAACUCGGGAAACUGAGUUUCGCGGGAGGUGAGGCGACUCCACCCCCCACUCCGCCAGAUUCGGCCACCUUGCUAGCGGCCUCCUACACAUCUGGGGAGGAUGCGAAUGUCCCAAGUCCUUGGUACACUUACAAGGAUUAUGCUGUCCACUUGGUUCCACCGCUGGACCAACCGCUCCACGUGCAACAAUCUACCGCAUGCACGGUUUCAUCACCAUCGGCAACCGAUUCGGCAGCUUCACCGUCAUCCACUGGUGGGGAUUCAACGACAUGGUCAAGUCUUGAAAAACUCGACCCGUUGACUUUUGAGGACUUCCAAUGGAUGCCCAUGCCCCGAUCCGGUCGCUUGCCGAAACCGCAUUGCAACGUGCUCAAGGCACAAUUGCGAGAUUACUUGCACACUGCAGUACCGACUCCGUUGAUGGACGCCGGAGUAGAGGUUGUCGACCUUCACGCGUACAUUGCAAAGAUCGACCUCGAGUUCAAUACGCAACGGUACGACGACAUAGACGCACCAUUGCUAUAUGUACGCAUUCAGAUUGGAGAGGCGACCUGCAGCGCUUUGAUUGAUUGCAGAGCAUCUCGCAACUACAUGAGUCAGGACUUCAUGGUACUCGCCGGUCUUGGCCCACGAGUCCGAAGGAAGUCCCAGCUUACGCAAGUCACAUUGGCGGACGGUCACACGCACAAGUCAAUCGACCGGUGCAUUGAUGACGUCCCAAUGUACUUUGCCCCUCACGCAAGUGAGGCGGUGUCCUUUGACAUUCUGGACACCAAAUUCGACAUGAUCUUGGGCAUGUCAUGGCUGCGAAGAGAGGACUACCCGGUGAACUUUUACCGCCGCACCGUUCACAUUCGUAAUGAGAACGGAGUACUAGUCCUAUGCACGGUAGCUCCUCCUCACCCUUCAGUUAGUUGUCACGUGGUAUCCACCGCAAGCAUGCGAGCUUCCAUCAUCAGAGACGACAUCGAGGAGAUGGGGGUGUGUUUUCUCCACGCCCUCCCGCCCCAAGACGCGUCAUCGACGGACUCACCUUCGGAUCCACGCAUCACCGAACUUCUCGACCUCUACAGCGACGUGUUCGAAGGCCCGCACGGAGUAGUACCGGAUCGGCCCAUCCGCCACGAGAUCAUCCUCGAGGACGGGCCCGUACCUCCACGCGGUUGCAUCUAUCGAAUGAGCGAGGAAGAGUUAAGUGUGCUUCGGGCACAACUCGACGACCUUCUGGAAAAAAGCUGGAUUCGGCCUAGCUCAUCGCCAUACGGUGCUCUCGUUCUCUUCGUCCGGAAGAAGAACAAGGAUUUGCGGUUGUGCAUCGAUUAUCGCAAGCUCAACGCGCAGACGAUCAGAAACGUCGGCCCUCUCCCAUGCAUCGACGAUCUUCUCGAGCGACUGGGUGGUGCCAAGUUCUUCUCCAAGCUCGAUCUCAAGUCGGGAUAUCACCAACUCAAGAUUCGCAAGGAGGAUCGCUACAAGACCGCGUUUAAGACGCGAUAUGGGCAUUUCGAAUUGCUGGUCAUGCCAUUUGGCCUUACGAAUGCCCCAGCCACUUUCCAAGCGGCUAUGACAACGGAGUUCCGACACAUGCUGGAUCGUUACGUACUUAUCUACCUCCACGACAUCCUGGUGUACAGCCGGAGUUUGGAGGAGCAAGUGGAACAUCUGCGCACCGUUUUGGAGCGGCUACGUCAAGCCAAGUACAAAGCCAACCGCGACAAGUGCGAAUUCGCGCGGCAGGAGAUGGAGUACUUGGGACACUAUGUGACGCCGAAAGGCAUCCGUCCGCUUGGGGACAAGAUCGAGGCCCUACGAGUAUGGCCCGAGCCCACCAACACCACAGACGUUCGUUCAUUUAAGGGGUUGGCGAGCUACUAUCAGCGAUUCAUCACUGGAUACUCCAGGAUUGCUGCACCUAUGACGAGGUUACGGUCGCCAAAGGUGCCAUUCGUAUUCGAUGACGACACACGCCGGUCAUUCCAAGCACUUAAGACGGCUAUGCUUAUGGCACCCGUCCUUAAAAUAUAUGACCCCACACAUCCGACGAGAGUGACUACGGACGCUUCCGGCUAUGGCAUUGGGGCAGUCUUGGAACAGCACGAUGGCGACGAUUGGCACCCUGUGGAGUAUUUCAGCCACAAAGUGUCUCCCAUCAACUCGCUUAAUGAUGCAAGGAAGAAGGAGCUGCUCGCAUUCGUCGUGGCUCUCAAGCGAUGGCGGCACUUCCUCCUUCGGCGUCGUAGGUUCACAUGGGUUACGGACAACAAUCCAUUGACCUACUACAAGACGCAGGAUAAGGAGUCCGGCACGACGAUGAAACCAAGUUCGGCUCGGCAUCCACAGACAGACGGGCAGACGGAACGGGCACAUCAAACCGCUCAAAUGAUGCUUCGUAUGCUCAUCCGUCCGGACCGGAAAGAUUGGGUUGACCGCCUCCCCGAAUUCGAGUUUGCCUACAACACUUCGGUGCAUCCGGCGAUCGGCGUGACUCCAUUCGAGUUGCACCACGGUGGACGGAAAGGCCGGAUCUUCGCCGACCUUCUCCUCCCUCGAGCAGCCGACAUUGAUGCUGCCUGCUCUCCUGCUUCCGUCCGGAAGUACAGGGAAUUGUUGACUCAAGCCCGCGCGAACAUGCAAAAGUCUCAAGUCCGCAUGCAGCAGCAAGCCAACAGGCGUCACAUACCAUGUCCCAUCCGCGCCGGUGAUCUGGUUUGGGUCUCCAAGGAAGAGUUUGCACUGGAACAGGAUGUUUCACGCAAACUGCUUCCCAAGUGGUUUGGACCUUGGUUUGUGACAGCAGCCGUGGGCGAUGAGCCCGAUGGCCCUUCAUUUGUGAUCAACAUUCUCGAGCACCUGACRGUCCAUCCAGUCUUUCACGCCUCGAAGCUGGCAACAUAUACACCAGCUAAAAACGACGACUUCCCGGGCCGAAGAUCGCAGGACCCUCCUUCUAUGGAUGGUCAUCAGGAAGUUGACCGCGUCAUCACGGAUCGCAAGUACGGCAGCAAGCCGCGCCAGUACAAAGUUACAUUCAGAGCAUGCGAUCCCGACGACACUCGGUGGAUUUCAGGAGCAGAUUUGAAAGCAUCCGCACCGCUGAUCUACGCUCACUACGAGCGACAAAGGUUAGCUAAGGAACCUCCACGACCUGCCCCUCCCACCCGGACUGUGGUCCCUCCCUCAGACAGACAGCUUCGCUUCGCCCUCGCAGCAGUUCUCCAAGAGCGGAGGGAGGAGGGGAUGGGGAGGGAGAAGCUGAGGGAUUGGGGGGGGAAGGAGGAGGGGGGAGUGGAUGGAAGAGGAGGAGAGUGGAGUGAGGAGAAGAACAGGGGAAAGAGGAACCUCAUAGGGUCCUCAUUACCCACAGGCAAAGCAGACUGAUAGAGACUGGCAAAAAAGGUCAGUUAGUGAAUGGGCUGCAGAGAAACAUGAGCUGAGGUCCGGGUGCAAACUGUGGGGACACCGCAUCCAAUU